AUGAAGAACCCUCCCAGUGUUGUGAAGCUGGUCAUGGAGGCAGUUUGCAUCAUGCUGCAGGAGAAGCCCGAACGCAAACCAGAUCCCAGCUCUGGAAAAAUGGUGGAGGACUACUGGGGGGUGUCCCUGAAGAUACUUGGAGACAUAAAGUUUUUGGAGAAGUUGAAGAACUAUAACAUCGACGCCAUUCCAGCCCCGGUCAUGAAAAAGAUCCGAGACACGUACAUUCCGAACGCUGACUUCGAUCCGAAGAUUGUGCGCAAUGCCAGUACGGCCUGUGAGGGUCUUUGCAAGUGGAUCAUCGCUCUGGACAAGUACGACGCGGUGGUUAAGAUUGUCGGACCAAAGAAAGCUAAGCUUGCGAUUGCUGAGCAAGAGUUGGCAGUUUCGAGCGCAAGGUUGGCCGAAAAGAAGGCGAUUUUGGACGCUGUUGAGGCGAAGAUGGCAAAGCUGCAAGCAGAGCUAGAUGCCACACAGAAGAAGAAGCAAGAGCUAGAGGAUAACAUCGACUUGUGCGGCAAGAAGCUGGACCGUGCGGAGAAGCUAAUCAGUGGCCUGGGUGGUGAGAAAACCCGCUGGACUGAAUCAGCCCAAACGCUCAAGGAGAAGUACUACAACAUUACUGGCGAUGUCUUGCUUGGAGCCGGAGUCGUUGCCUAUCUUGGUGCCUUCACUGUCGACUUUCGUAUGGGCAUAACAGAUGAAUGGCUGGCUCUGUGUCAAAGACUCGAGGUCCCCUGCUCCAAAGUCUUCAAAAUUGCCGACACACUGGGUGACGCUGUGAAGAUUCGCGCGUGGAACAUUGCCGGCCUACCAGUUGACAGUUUCUCAGUUGAUAAUGGCAUAAUUGUGUCUAACUCCAACCGCUGGCCGCUGUGCAUAGAUCCUCAAGGUGAGCUUCUUGACUGA